UCUGCUUUGGUGAGACUCUGGCAGAGUGCGAUCUUUGUACCCAGACCCUUCCCAUUCAGAGGGAAGUGGAAGACCGCUGCCUGCCUGAGAAUUUCUAGAAGCUCAGGAGAAAGAUGAACUGGCCCCAUUCCUGCAUCUCCUUUUGCUGGAUUUACUUUGCUGUCUCCAGACUGAGAGCUGUAGAAACUGCAGAUGGAAAAUAUGCUCAGAAGUUGUUUAAUGACCUUUUUGAAGAUUAUUCCAAUGCUCUUCGUCCAGUAGAAGAUACAGAUAAAGUCCUGAAUGUCACCCUCCAAAUUACACUUUCUCAGAUUAAGGACAUGGACGAAAGAAACCAGAUUCUGACUGCCUAUUUAUGGAUCCGCCAAAUCUGGCAUGACGCGUAUCUCACGUGGGAUCGAGACCAGUACGAUGGACUGGACUCCAUCAGGAUCCCCAGUGACCUGGUGUGGAGGCCUGAUAUUGUCCUAUAUAACAAGGCUGAUGAUGAGUCUUCUGAGCCCGUGAAUACCAAUGUGGUCCUGCGGUAUGAUGGGCUGAUCACCUGGGAUACGCCAGCCAUCACCAAGAGCUCCUGUGUGGUGGAUGUCACCUAUUUCCCCUUUGAUAACCAGCAGUGCAACCUGACCUUUGGUUCCUGGACUUACAACGGCAACCAGGUGGACAUAUUCAAUGCCCUAGACACUGGAGAUCUCUCUGACUUCAUUGAAGAUGUGGAGUGGGAGGUUCAUGGCAUGCCUGCUGUAAAGAAUGUGAUCUCCUAUGGCUGCUGCUCGGAGCCUUACCCGGAUGUGACAUUCACUCUCCUUCUGAAGAGGAGGUCCUCGUUCUAUAUCGUCAACCUCCUCAUCCCAUGCGUCCUCAUCUCUUUUCUGGCUCCCUUGAGUUUUUAUCUCCCAGCAGCCUCUGGGGAAAAGGUCUCCUUGGGAGUGACCAUCCUGUUGGCCAUGACUGUAUUUCAGCUCAUGGUGGCAGAGAUCAUGCCAGCCUCAGAAAAUGUCCCUCUGAUAGGCAAAUACUACAUAGCCACAAUGGCCUUGAUCACAGCUUCCACUGCCUUGACCAUUAUGGUGAUGAACGUCCACUUCUGUGGGGCUGAGGCCCGGCCGGUGCCACGCUGGGCCAGGGUUGUCAUCCUGAAAUACAUGUCCAGGGUCUUGUGUGUCUAUGAUGUGGGUGAGAGCUGCCUUAGCCCCCGCCACGACAGGGAACGAACCCACCUCACAAAGGUAUAUGGCAAGCUUCCAGAGCCAAAUCUGCAAACAGACAGAAACAAAGGACUUCCCAGGAAGAAGGAAAUAAACAAACUGGUAAAGAAUGACUUGGGGUGCAAUGGUGAGAACCCGCAGGAUGCUGACGGUUACUGUGCUCGGUACCAGGUGCUGACGAGGAAUAUUGAGUACAUUGCCAAGUGCCUCAAAGACCACAAGGCCACCAACUCCAAGGGGAGUGAGUGGAAGAAGGUUGCAAAAGUCAUAGACCGAUUCUUCAUGUGGGUAUUUUUCAUUAUGGUGUUCGUGAUGACUGUCUUGAUCAUCGCAAGAGCAGAUUAG